GUGAUGCACAACAUUUUAAGUGGGGAGUGCACAUGGUUCUUUAUCUAUAAAUAGGGCAACAUUGGUGUUCCAAUCUUCACAGCUCAUAGCCUGCAAAAUACACAAAGCACAAGCAUUCAUUCUUAAACAUGGUUGGUAUGUGGUCCUUAUUCCGUGAGAUUGACCAGACCAAGACAACAUGGGCAAUCAAAGCAAGGGCAAUAAGGGUGUAUCGGGAACCUGCUCAUGACUGCUUCCCAGAAUCAUUGGAGGUUGUUUUCCAUGAUGAAGAGGGGUCCAAGAUGCAUGCGCACAUCCCAGACCAGUUCAUCAACAAGUUCAUUGGCAUCUUUAAGGAGGGAUGUGUGUUUGCAGUUAAAAACUUCAUGGUUGAGGAGAACUACAUGUUCUUUAAAACUUCAACAAGUGCCUAUAGGCUCUGUUUUUUUAACAAAAGUGCUACGUUUGAGAUCAGGGGAGUACCAUUCCCCAUAAGAACUUUCUCAUUGGUGUCUUUUGCUACAUUGCAAGCCCAAGACAACAUAGAUGAGAAAUGUGGCAUUGGUGCGCUUAAAAUAGACUUUUACAAAUGUUUAUUAAAACUAAAUAUGACUGCAUGGGAUCCACUGAUAUCGUUCUUCUAUCCAGACCUUAUAGGCCAGGUAGUGCACGACAAGGACCCAAAAACAAUUUUAAAGAAUGACAGGCCCAGAAAGUUGAUGGAGAUGGUUCUGGGUGACCCAGAUGGAAAUGUGAUCGCAUGUACUCUUUGGGGACCGAUGGUUGAGAUGCUCUUGACGCACAAGCUGACAACAUCGGAUCCAAUUGUAAUGCUACUGCAGUGUUGCAAAGUUAGGAAGUACCAAGGUCAAAUUCAUGUCUCGAACAUGUUCAACACUACCAAAGUCAUUUUAAACGGGAGUGAGGAAGAAUUUGUUGAAUUCAAGUCAAGGAUGGCUGAAAGGUCUAAUAAGGGACUUAGGUUUUCAAUAACAACGGACAACUCAAAUGAUGUGGACAUAGCCACUGGGCAACAAGAUUUAAUCACUAUUGAGGCUCUUACAAAAUUGCAAGAGGAUGGGAAGCACUGGGUUUACGGAGAAAUUGUGGCUAUAGACAGCCAUAAGGACUGGUCCUACGUUUCUUGCAUUGGUUGUAACCGGAAAGUUUCCCCCAACGGGGAUAGCUUUUGGUGUGUCUCCUGCAGUUCAAAUGAUGCUGUUCUCAGGUUUAAGGUGAACGUUCGGGUGGUUGAUGGCACAACACAUGCCUCAUUCCUUCUUUGGGAUAGGGAGGUGUCAUGUUUGCUGGGGAAGUCUGCCGCAUCACUUAAGGAACAAAUAUCUAGGAGGAACUUCGGACCACAUUACUUCCCAUCUGAGAUAAAUUCACUCAUUGAUAUAAAGGCUUUGUUUAAAGUGCAAUUCAAAAGGGAAAGCAGGAGUUUUAAAGGAAAUCAGACUUUCAGCGUUAUAAAGAUGAACACUGAUCCCAAAGUUCUGGCACUUUACUCAUCUAGGAUAAAUGCUGUUGAGGAGGAAGAUGAGUUCACAAGACUGGCUAAGGAGUUUUCAGGGCCUGAAAGCAUGGCUGGAUCAUCACAGCUAUCUGUGUCCAGCCCACUGCUAACCAAGGAGAAGAGGUACGCCUUGGAUGUGGACACUCAGAAGCUGAAAUGCAACCUGUUUGGAGAAUUUGAGGCUUCAACAUCUACCAAGAAGCUCAGGGGGGUGAAAAAGGAAUGAAGAUUAUGCGUCAAUCUAUGUUUACUAGAUAUGUUGACUAUGUUAUGUGUGGCAGUGUUUAUCUGUGUUUAAUCUAAUGUGUGUACAAUAAGGGCAACUGUUGCUCACUACUCCCUUGACCCUGUAGGGCUGGGUUCCGCCAAAUGUCUGGCUGUUUGACAUGUUUUUAGGCUACAGACUCGGCUAUAAGAGAGUACCGAUAAUAUGUAAUGGUGACG